AUGGCGGAGCUGGUGAGCCCGGACCUGCGGGGGGACCUGCGGGGGGACCUGCGGGACCUGCGCGCGCUGCCCUCGAGUCCUCUGGCCAUGGAUUACGUGAACGACUUUGACCUGAUGAAGUUCGAGGUGAAGAAGGAGCCUCCGGAGCCUCCGCUGUGCCACCACCAGCCCGCGGGCCCCGCCCCUCAGUACCCCCUCAGCUCCCCCUGCUCCUCGGUGCCCUCCUCCCCGAGCUUCUGCCCCCAGCCCAGCCCCCCCCACGGCCCCGCGGGGGGCGCUCUGGCCCCGGGGCCCGGAAAAGGCCACGAGGAAAUUUACUGGGUGGGCGGGUACCAGCCGCACUCAGGUCCUGAGGCGUUGAGUUUGACCCCGGAGGACGCCGUGGAGGCUCUGAUCGGGUCAAACGCUCAUCACUACGAGACAUUCAGGGGAGCGCCCUACGAAGAGCACCCGCACCACCCCCACCACCUGAGCCACCUGCACAGCCAGGCGCUCGCACAGGUCCACGGGCGUCUGGAGGAGCGUUUCUCGGACGAGCAGCUCGUGUCGAUGACGGUUCGGGAGUUGAACCGGCAGCUGCGCGGUUUUUCCAAAGAGGACGUUCUGCGGCUGAAGCAGAAGCGCAGAACCCUGAAGAACCGAGGCUACGCUCAGUCCUGCCGCUUCAAACGGGUCCAACAGCGCCACCUGCUGGAGACCGAGAAGAGCUCGCUCCAGAACCAGGUCUCCCAGCUCCAGCAGGACCUGCUCCGGGUCUCCAAGGAGCGAGACCUCUACAAGGACAAGUACGAGAGACUGGCCCAAGACCUGGUCCAAGACCGGACCCAUGACCGGACCCAGGACCGGACCCAGGACCGGACCCAAGACCUGUACAAGGACAAGUACGAGAGACUGGCCCAAGACCUGUUCAAGACCCAGGACCGAGUCCACCCCGAGGUCUACAAGGAGAAAGGCCCGGCCCGAAACUACGCCCGCUAAGACCAGGACCAAACCGGAACUAAACCAGGACUAAACCAGGACUGAACCAGGACUCUUGUUUGGCUCAAAAGCACAGCGGCAGUGAACAUCAGUCCAAUACUUUAUCUGUGGGGAAUCAAACCCUCGGUCAAGUCUUAAAACUUCGAUGUUUCGUUUAUUUAUUUUCACGUCUGUAAAAGUCUUAAGAUUUGACGCAAAUAUUUAUUAUGAAAAAGACAAAAAAUGGAAGAAGAAACUGUUUUUCUUUGGAAAAAACAGCGACACAACGGCGAGGACCCGAGGACCUGAGGACCCGAGGACCCGAGGACUGUGGGACUCUCAGGAUUCUGAAUCUUAAUGUUUUUGUGUGAAUUUUUAAUAUUUAUUUAUUUUACAAAAUUAUUUAUGCUUUAUUUAUUUUAAAUAUUUCUCGUUUCGUGCCUUACGUUUUAUUUUAAGACAAACUUCAUUUGUUUUCUGUGAAAAAAAAAAACUUUUAUUGUGAAACGUCUGAGACUUCUGGGCUUUUAUUCUGAAAAAGAACUGGAUCAGACUUUGAGACUUUGAGGAUUGAAAAUCUGAAACAAACUUUAAAAAGACUUGGAAAGUCUUAAACUGAAGAGCUCGGACCAGACCCUGCAGCUGUUCACACCCUGCAGCUGUUCACACCCUGCAGCUGUUCACACCCUGCAGCUGUUCUGUGAAUAUUCUGUACAUUUUGGACCUUUCAGGCGUUCAGACUCUGUACAAAUCCUCCAGUAAAACGACUUUUCAAAAUAAGAUCACGUCAAAACAAACUUUAUUUUAAAAUGGACUCAAGUCGACCCGAAGCGCCGAGAAUCUGAGAAUUCUCAUUUUUACAUUUCUAAAUUUAGACUCAAACUUUUUAGUGAAAAAUCGGUGGUUCUGAUCCAAACGCUGCAUGUUCCCCAGACCAGGGCAAAGGUCAAAGGUCAUUUUUAUAGAUUGGACGACGUGAACUGUGUUUCUGUUUGUCCCCGCCCCCUGACCCCGUGUCCCCGCCCCUUUACCCCGUGUCAGCGCCCCCUGACCCUGUGUCCCCGCCCCCUGGUCCCGUGACCCCUGACCCUGUGUGAGGUGUUGGGACACGGCGGAGCUGAGAUGUUACAAACCUGCCCCUGUCGCCCCUGUCGCCCCUGUCACCUGCUCCUGUCGCUCCUGUCACCUGCUCCUGUCGCUCCUGUCCAGCUCUGAGGAGGGAGGAGCUGAAACGGACCAGAGGUGUUAGUAGAAACAGACUCAGGUCAGGUCCGGGUCAGGUCCAGGUCAGGUCCGGGUCAGGUCCGGGUCAGGUCCGGGUCAGGUCCGGGUCAGGUCCGGGUCAGGUCCAGGUGUUUGUGUCGUGGGGUAAAAGUC